AUGGCAUUCGUAUCGGACAUCUACGUCGGUCCAGAAGAGGCUCUGGCGCCGCCUGCUCGAAUUGCCACUCUGUCCGUGGUCCUGCCCUGCGCGAACGAAAGCGAGUUCGUCUGGAAGACAAUUCGUUCGGUCUUUGAUGCCACACCCGACGAGCAGCUGAAGGAGAUCAUCGUCGUCGACGACGCCUCCGAUCCGCCCAUCCAUUCGGAUGUAGCAACAGAGUUCCUGACAUAUUACCGGGCAAGGGUCAUCCGCCAUGACCGCCCAGAGGGAUUGAUCCGCUCCAAGAAGGACGGCGGAGACGCUGCCACGGGUGACGCGAUCGUCUUCCUGGACUGCCACGUGAAGCCAAUGGAGAAUUGGACGGGCCCGAUCCUAGCGAACCUUCAGGAGAACCCACGGAGGGUGGUGGUCCCCUCCGUCACUGUCUUGGACCCUGACACGUGGGAGGAGGUGUCACCUUAUGGCGGAGGCUCUAAAAUGUGUUUGACGUGGAACGCAGACUUCACAUGGUGCAACCAGUAUCCAGGACCCUACGUUCCCAUCAUGAGCGGUGGCUUGCUUGCGCUCACGCAGUUCUGGUGGAGGAAGACAGGAGGGUACGACGACCAGAUGUUGUCGUGGGGAGGGGAGAAUUUGGACCAGUCUCUGCGCACGUGGCUAUGCGGUGGAGAGAUUAUGGUGGCGGAGGGCUCCCGUGUAGCACACAUGUGGCGCGAUCCCAGGAAGCCGCAUACGAUGAUGAAGUACGUCAUCCCCUCCGACCACACCCGGCGGAACCGCCUGCGCGCGGCGACGGCUUGGCUCGGCGCUUGGGCGCAGAAGGUCCGGUCCUUCCAGGAGUUCGAGGCCUUCGGCCCCGACGGAGAGCUGUCGGUGGGAAGCCUCGACAACAUCGAGAGGGACCGCGCCGGCCUCGGCUGCGGCGAUUUCGCGUCGUACCUCGACCGCUUCAGGGACCUGUACCUGGACACGGGCAUGCUGCCGGAGCGAGUCUUCCACCUGCGGAAGCGGGGCAGCCAGCUCUGCCUGCACCACGAGAAGGUGUGGGACGAGAGCAUGGGCCUCAAGUUGGCCCCCUGCAGCCGGCGCGACGAGCGGCAACGCUUCCACGGGGCAGCCGCCAAGGACGGCGGUGGCUGCUGCUCUGGCCUGAAGGUGUGGGACCUCGACGAGUGCGUGAACAUGUUCGACGUCGGGAGCACGGUCCACGCCUUCCUUCGUGCGAGCUCUUCGGGGGCGCGCCCAGCCAGCGCGUCGCCCUGA